CUUCCUAGCAUCUGCACGCUGUGUGUAAUCUCGAUUGCGUCGUGUCACGGUCCAAUAACUUUUACGCGCUCAAACCACUUUUCUCUCGUCCCGCUUGCCCUCAUUCGUCGGUCAUGGAGGAUCAACCACGAAAGCACCGGUACUGGUGUUGGUUGCUGAUAGUGCUACACUCCUGUUACUUUGCUUCCUGUGGCAGUGCGGACCGUGGUAGUGCGGUGAUGGUGGAUGCGAAAAACAGUCGCGUCUGGGGCCCGGGCGUAGAGAUGCCGGAUCGGGCCACCCUGCCGGCGCGUUACUUUUUCAUCGAACCAAGAGACAUCGACAAUCAGAAAAUCAAUGAAUCUCAAAAGUACGACGUACACAUCAUUGGACAGUCGCGGUUCGGGUCGUGCCGGUAUCGGCUGAAUCAGAUCGACCGGCACGAUGGGUCAAGCAUCGUUCGCUACAGGCUGGCCGAAUCGUGCAGUGACGUCACGAUACACGUGCGCCAUAACGGUGCUCAUCUGAACGGUUCCCCGUUCUCCAUUCCCGGCACCCUUUACUCCGAACAGUGCUACUGUCCGCAAGGGUCCGUCGAAGAGUGGCUUGAAACGGUCGACUGUCCUGCCGGCGAUCCACAGAUCGAUAUGGAUCUGAUACCCUUUCGAGCGAUCAACUUCUCCAGCCUGCGCACACGCAUGAUCCAACAGUACGAUAAACCGGGUAGCAUUUCACACUGCAACUACGUCAUCCUACGCAACCAGGUGCACCGUCGUUGCUAUGGGCAGCACACCGGCUUUAGCAAAUUUAUGGACACCAUUCUGCUUUCCCUAGCGCGCAAGUUUACCCUGCCCGAUAUGGAGAUGUUUGUGAAUCUGGGUGAUUGGCCACUGGUGAAAAAGGGUGGCCCCAGUCGCACGACCGGGCCGUAUCCAAUAUUUUCCUGGUGCGGAAGUGACGAUACGUUCGACAUUGUGAUGCCAACGUACGAUAUCACCGAAUCGACGCUGGAGAAUAUGGGCCGAGUGAUGCUUGACAUGCUGUCCGUGCAAAAGCGAGGCCUUCCGUGGGCCGAAAAACACGCCAAAGCGUUCUGGCGCGGGCGGGAUGCGAGGCGCGAACGGCUCGAGCUGGUAGCGUUAUCCCGCCGCUAUCCGGAGCUGUUGAACGCGUCGCUCACGAACUUUUUCUUCUUCCGCGACGAGGAAAGUGAGUUUGGACCGCGUGUGGCACACAUUUCUAUGCACGAUUUCUUCGACUACCGGUAUCAGGUGAAUGUGGAUGGGACGGUGGCAGCGUAUCGGUUGCCGUACCUGUUGGCCGGCAGCUCGGUCGUGAUGAAGCAGAAUUCGUUCUACUACGAACACUUCUACCGGAAGCUGGUGCCCUUGCGCCACUACAUCCCGUUCGAGGCGGAUCUGUCCGAUUUGGUGCAGCAGAUCGAGUGGGCCCGGGAAAACGAUGAAAAGGCUAGAGAAAUUCGGGAUAAUGCGAACGCGUUCAUUAACGCCAACCUGCUACCGCUGGACAUUUACUGCUAUCAUGCGUUGUUGUUUAAGGAAUAUGCCAAAUAUAUCGUCAGCCCGAUUCAAGUACAGCCCGGCAUGGAAAAGAUUGAACAGUCCGAGGAAUCGUACCACUGUCCGUGCGAGCGCACGACGCUUCCGAGGGAUGAGCUGUAAAGGGGCGGCGCAAUCGAUAACCGCACAGUUACCGCACGUGACGCACGAGUUGGAGUUUAGUUUCUAUCUCUGGCGAAACAAGCAAACCGCAAAAUCGUGCUACAACUAAUCGAAACCUAUUCUAUGACGCAACCAGCGAGCUGUGAUCGUUACGUUAUCAUUUCCAGUAGGGCAUUUUCAGUGUUUUCUUCUCCUUUCCUCUUUACAUGACAGUGAGUGAGCGAUAAAAGGUCCUGACUCUCGGGAGAUUAGAUCUCUAGCAACGGGGCUUGAACUCACUACUAGGUGCGGAGAAAGUAUUAUAUUAGAGGAACGUAGGUGAGGUAACUGUACGAUUAAUCUUACGUACAAUCAGUACAGAACUGCUAGUCGUGGGUGAGGAGGAUUAUAGAUGUUCAAAAUCAACCAGGAAGAACGUUCGAAUGUACUCAAGUGUAGUGACCGUGUUUUUGGCGCGCAUAUUAUUCAGCAAUCUCGCCUGUUCUUCAAUAAACUUCAAACUUUCCACAGUAAAA